GACACUCCCACGUGCAGUGUUUUACGAGCUGUUGGAGAAUGUACGGGAAGAACCAAGGGAAUCAGUACCCCCAGGGCUCCCCCAACCUGCCUGGGGGAUACCCGCAAAAUCCACCAGGGGGCUGCCCUCCUCAGCCCUCCUGCACACCCUGCUGCGAAUCGGGUCACGGACAUGGCCAUGAUCAUAUCCAUGUCCAUGUCCAUGAUCAUGGGCAUGGACACGGGCAUGAUCAUGGGCAUGGACACGGGCAUGGUGGUCAUUGUCACGGCAAACACAAGCACAAGCAUGGCCACAAGCAUAGCAAGUGCCACAAGAAAGGAAAGGACUGCCACGGGUCAUCCAGCAGUUCCUGCAGCAGCGACUCCGACUAGACAACCCCCCCCCCCCCCCAAAAAAAAAAAAAAAUCACGGCAGGGAUGCAAAGAGACAUCCCAGCAAACAUUGGAAGAUAAGGAGGGUGAAGCCUCCCAUUAUAUUUGUUUCUUUGGUACACUGGAAUAUUUUCAUAGGUCAAUGUAACCCACUGCAUGUUUCAUCAUUAAAAAUGUUGACAUUAUUUUGGACAUGGUAUAUAUAAUAUGCAAUGUCAAUUCAGCAUUGUUACAUCAAAUAAAAACUGUCAUACUGUAUUUACAGUAUGUUUUAAUUAAAUAAAUAAAAACAAUAUUUUGCAAGUU